CCCUUGGUGAGACCAGAGACAGGGAGAGAGCAAUUCCUUGAUCUUUCGUCUGUCCGUGGAUUCAACCAGAAAUCAUGAAGCUUCUUCUGUUUCUUGUGGGCAUUGCCUUGGCAAAUGCUGCGACCACCAUCAUCCAGAACAAUGAUCUGGAGAAGAGCAUAACCAUCCACCGGAAUGCUCCGGAGACUUACCCAACUGAGUUCCAGCUCAGCAAGACCCAUAGGUUCAACUACACGGGCGACAUCCGGACCAGCUUCCCCCAGACCGGCAACGAGACAGUGGGACAGCGGCUGCAAUGCAUUGUGGAGAUCUACCCCCUCACCACCACUCUUUGGAACAUGAGGCUGGUUAAUCCGACAAUCUACGAGAUCAACGGAACUCAUGAUAAGCCGCAGUGGAUGGUCAACUCCACCAAGGUGACUGAGGAGCUAAGGGAACUUCUGCAGUACAACGUCUCCAUCCUGAUCAACCAGGGCAAGAUCGAGGCUGUCUUCGUGAACAAGUCUGAGGCAGAAUGGAUUGUGAACCUCAAGAAAGGUAUCAUGAACAUGAUCAGUCUUACAGUGGAGAAGGACAAUGUGUAUGAGGUUGACGAGGAGGGUGUGUCUGGCAUCUGCAAGACCCUGUACACCAUCAAGGAGAACAAGAACGAGGACUUGGUGACCAUCAUGAACAUCACCAAGGUGCGGGAUCUCACCAACUGCUCCAAGACUGCCUUCAACAAGCUGAUGACCUUCAAGGCCAAGGACUGCGAUGACUGCGAGAAGUCUAAGGACUCCAUGGAGGCGUUGGCAACCUUCAAGUACAACAUCACUGGCACCAAACAGAGAUAUAUCAUCAACAGCGUCCAGUCAGAUGCCCACUAUGUCUUCUUCCCCAUGGGAGUCAAGGGCGGAUCUGUCCUGGUCCAUGUCAACCAAACCCUGAAGCUGAUCAAUGUGACCUCUGACCCGUACUUUGAGAAGAGCCCCACUCAGGAGUCACGUGGUGGCCUGACCUACUUGUUCCCCGAGAUCGUCAAGGUUGAGGAAGACAUGUUGAACACUGUUCAGAAGGUCGACUUCAUGCUGAAGAAGUUGGAGAAGCAGACCAACUCAUCCCUCACCAUCGACUCUCCCAGCUACUUCCUUCUCCUGGUCAGGAGUCUGUUUGAGGCCAACUACGAAACCCUGGAGGACAUCUGGAACUUGGUCCGCCACAAGCCCGAGCAAAGGAAGUGGCUGAUUGAGGCCAUUCCCUUCGUCAACCGGCCUGACAUGACCCUCCUGAUCAAGGAGCUCAUCACCACCGAGGAAACACUGCUGACCACAGAGGAGAAGAUCACCAUCUUGACAAGGCUGGGCUUCAUCAGACAGCCCAGCGAGACGACCGUGGAAGCAAUCAAGGACAUCUGCGAGCACAGGGUCCUGCAGUGGCACCAUAACACCAAGGUGAACACCACCUAUGUCUACAACCUGGUCCGCAUGCGCCAUGCCUGCUACCGCUCACUGGGCAUCCAGAUCAAUUCGCUCAAGAAGACAGCCAAGUUUGUCCCACCAGCACUCGUCCACUCACUCCUCCACUGCGAGAAGCAUUUCGAUGACAGUACCAAAGCUACCCCGUGGGACCCAACUGUCUACAAGCAGAUGGGAGUGAAUCAGGUCACCAGCGAGGUGGACGAUAACCUGACCUUAGAAGAGGCCCAGGCCCUAGUAGACGUCACCAAGAAGACCAAGGUGCGCGAGAUGUGCUUGGUGGCCAUGGGCCAGGUCGGGCUGCCUGACCACAUUCCCUACAUCGAGCCCAUCCUGCACCAGACCGUCACCAACCAGACACAGGAUGUCAGAAUCGCUGCUUGCUUUGCACUGAGGAAGAUGAAGAAUAUCCCCAACAAGGUUCUGUCCCUGCUCCUGCCCAUCCUCCGCAACCCCUACGAGGACCCAGAGCUCCGCAUGAUCGCUUACCUCGUCACCACCGUGACCAACAAGCGCCCCAGCGUCUUCACCCUGAUUGGCCAGGAGCUGAACAAGGAGAAGUCAAAGCAGGUCCGCAGCUUCAUCUACUCCCACCUGAAGACGCUCUCUGAGAGCGUUGUGCCCUGUGAGAAGGACCUGGCCAUUGCUGCUCGCUAUGCCCUUGUUUUUACCAAACCCUUCAACCUUGGACCCACCUAUUCCAAAGUCCGCAACGUUGGCUUCUAUGACCAUGAGACCAAGCUGGGUGCCAAGCUGAAGACUCGGACGAUGUUCUCUGAGGGCGAGCUGACACCAAGCAGGACCAACAUUGGCUUGGAAGUUGAAAUGCUUGGCAAGAAGACCAACUUCCUGGAGGUUGAGAUGAAGACCAGUGGAAUGACCAACCUCCUGGAUAAGAUGUUUGGUGUUGACGGCCACUUCUACAAGCGCAAGAGUAUCUUUGACCUCCUGAAGGAGAGCAACAGGAAGAGGCGGUCUGUGAGCAGCAAUGAGGAGGAACUGAACAAGAUCAACAAGAAAUUGAGCCCAUACGAGGUCACCCCCGAGGACCCCCGCUUCCGGCUUUACAUCAGCCUGGUAGGCAACCGCAUUUUGGACAUGGAUGUCAACAAGGAGUACCUUACCACCCUGAUCAAGGAGGGCAAGUUCAUGACCGACUUCACCAGCCUGGAUGAAGAGCUGGCCAAGAAGCAGAUGUUCAACACCACAAAGGGAAUGAUUCUGAUGGACCACAUGUUCCAGCACCCGACCAUCAUGGGCAUGCCCCUGUCUUACAACACCACAGUGGCCAGCAUCCUGAGGAUCAAGGUCAAUGCUACAGUCAAGGCUGACCCAUCCCUCCUGUUGACCCAGAAUACCCUCAAGGGAUCCUUCAACAUCACACCUGAGGUGGUUGUCAAUGCUUUCUUCAAGAUGGGCUGCCACAUCCCCCAGAUCAAGUUUGGGUCGGCAAUCAACUCUACCUUCAACGUCACCCUGCCCGUGCACACCAACAUUAGCAUUGACUUCACCAAGAAGAAGUAUGAGGUGAUCUUCCCUCAGAUCGAAAGGAACCUGACCUUCCUGAACUUCACUCACAAGAUCUACACUUUCUGGCAGAAGAAGGAUGAGAUGGAGAACCAGACCAUUGUUAACACCACCCUCACCAACAGGAAGCCCGUCAAGAAGGUCUUGUGCAUCGAGCCCAUCAACGACACCAAGCUGUGCCUGAAUGUCACCUUUACUCCCCGCCUGGGUCAUCCAAACUCGCCAUACCACCCACUGACCGGCCCCAGCUACCUGUCCAUCUUCCAGAACAAGACAGUGUACUCGCCCAAGAUCAUCAAGUUCAAGUACCAGGUCAACAACCCUGAGCUCUGGGAGACCGAGAAGAAUGUUGACAUCGUCAUGACCACCAUGGGCCUGAAGCAUGACCUGAUGGAGUAUGAGAACAUCACAACUUUCAACGUCAGAAUCCACCACCCUAACAAGAGGAUCGUGCUUGAAGUCACCGACAGCGCACACCCGGAAUGGCGCAGCGAGAUCAGGGCUGUCAACAUGGAUGGAGAGGUUGACUUGAAGGCUUACUGGGGCAACCCCCACGACCAUGUUGUCAAGAUCAACAACACCGACAUGAGGCUGACCCGUGAGUACUUCUUGCAGAUCAACAGCCAGAGCUGGACCUUUAACGACACCCGCAACAUCACCAUCUUCUGGGCUGAGUUGCCGCAGUGGCUGAAGAAUGUCACCUACCUGACCAAGACCUAUGUUCUGCCUGUUGUCUUGGAGGCCAUCAAGAAGACGACCGACACCGAAUUCUUUGUUGAGCCUCUCCUGAACCCCAUUGUUAACUCCACCACUGUCUCCCUCAAGAUCAAGACCAACUACACCAUGGAUGUUGAGAUCCAUCUACCCAUUGAGAAGAUUACAGUGGUCAAUGUCACAGUUCCUGUCAACACCUCCGUGUUGAAAUACAAUGUUCCAGAUGCUGUGGCCACCAUCCAGAGGCGCCUGACUGAAAAGUUCCUGUCUGGCAACUGCACAUACAACCACACUGGAACGUUCGUGACCUACGACCAGCUGUUCUACAAGUACAACCUAACCGGCAGCUGCCCUCACGUCUUGACCAAGGACUGCUCGCCCAAGAAGCGCUUCACCGUCCUGGUGCAGAACACUCGCCAGUCCAACCUGCUGGUCCGCACCAACCCCUUGGUCACCGUGUACAUUGACAACCACAAGAUUGAGCUGAUCACACGUAAUGAUGAGGAGGUCUACAUGAAGUACAAUGGCAUUGAGCACCUGACCCAGCGUGACUCAACACCAAUUGAGACUGAUACCUGCAUCAUCGAGCGCAACCACACUCACAUCACUGUGAAGGCCAAAAUUGGACUGACAGUUGUCUAUUGCAAGCACAAUGUCACAACAUCCCUGUCACCGUGGUAUGUCAACAAGACCUGCGGUAUGUGCGGUGACUUCAACGGUGAGAUCUUCCGUGAAAUGAAGAACACAACAGCCGAGGAGGUGAACAACAGCACAAAGUUUGGUGCCAGUUGGCUGGUUCAUGGUGAUGACUGCAUGGACGAAACCUGCAAGCUGACGAAGGAGGACCUGUAUGCUCUGCCCGAGACGGUGUACCUGGCCAACAAGCCGGCUGUCUGCUUUAGCAAGGAGCCUGUCAAGCUCUGCCCCAUUGGCUGCAACAACGAGUCUCCCGAGAACAUCUUCACAAGCACCCUUGUGCCCAAGAAGCAGUUUGUUAAGGUGCCGUUCUUCUGCAUGGCUUCUGAGAACCUGGAGGAGACCAAGACACUGAUGAAGACCCGCACUGACCUUAUCCGGUCCCAGCCAGUUGACCUCUACAGGGACAUCGAGCUGCCGCACGACUGCAUUUGCACCAGCAACUGCAACAUCAAGGUGUGAAUGGUUAACAGCGAUAGCCCACGGAACUGAUGUACUGGACACAUUGUUUUUUUAAAAGACUCUGACUUAAGAUUUUCCAGGCUGUGUAUCUGAAAAUUAUGUGAAUUGCGUUGAUAACUGCUUUUUUGUGUGAACAACUGGUAUAAAUUAAAAAGAAUGAUUUAUUUCGGAGGGGUUUUUAUCUGAAGGUUACAUAAGGCCAAUAAUUUUUAUAAGAAGGUAAUUUGUGCUUCGUAACCACAGUAUUAAGCGGAAAUAGUUAAAAAAAUGUUUCUUCAAUUUACUAUCCCCUGACUUUUGUCUUAUCUUUAUCUUUGAAAUGUAUAUCUCUCCUUAGUAAGAUGGUCAAAACUGUUUUAUUACCCCCUUACUUUAAGUCUUUUCUAUUUGUUUCCUUCCCUGUACCUAGUUUUCUUUUCUUAGUUUUUCUGUAGAAUUCAGUUUUUCAUGCCAUCUGCUUUCUCUCUGUAUCCCUGAGAAAAUUCUCAUGUAGUUCUGUGAAGAUAAUCAAAUAUCCUUCUUUUUUGCUUUAAAAUACAUUAACAGUGAUGUAGUUUGAUAUUACAACCAUUGUAAAUGCACUCUGUAUAUUGGCCAUUUGUAAGGUUUAGGCAGUUCAGCUGUGUGUCAAAAUGAUAGAGAGGGAAUAUUUAAUAAGAGGAAAAAAUGUUAGAAAUAAAGGCAACAAAAUGUAAUACAUUAGCCAAGA